AUGGCUGUAUCCCUCACACAUGAGCAAAGAGAAUCUGUUAUUGACAUCACAGUGCAGAUGACUACAAAUUCGAGUUUAGAUCCUGUGGCUGAGACACCUGGAGAAUUUGCCCUUGGGUACUGGGUGGAGAUCCUCUCUCUUGCCAUUGCUGUUGGUGGGCUGGUGGGCAACAGCAUCAUCCUGUGGCUCCUGGGCUUCCGCAUCCAGAGGAGCCCCUUCUCCGUCUACAUCCUCAACCUGGCUGGGUCCGAUGCCCUCUUCCUUGGUAGCUGCUUUGUGUUGUGCCUGUGGGAAAUUCUUGGAGAUUUAGACACUGUUCCUGAACUGCUAGGGCCCUGCAUCCUAAACCUGCCCUAUUUUGUAGGUUUAACCCUUCUGGUGGCAAUCAGCACUGAGCGCUGUCUCUCAGUGCUCUUCCCUAUCUGGUACCGAUGUCAUCGGCCCAAGCACAUGUCUGCUACUGUGUGCACAUUCCUAUGGGCACUGCAGGGCCUAUCCUGGGGAGCAUUUGUGGCUCUUUAUUUCCUUGCAAAUCACCUGGUUUUUGACCUUUUCUACCCCACUCUGCUCUUUGUUGGGUUUGGGUGGUUCUCCCUCCUCACCUGUGUGCUCUGCAUGUCGAGCCUAAGCCUGGUGCUGAGGGUCCAGUGCAGCUCCAGGCGCAGGAGGCCCCCCAGGCUCUAUCUCUUGGUCCUGCUUGCAGUCCUCGUGUUCCUGCUCUGUGGCCUGCCCUUGGGAAUUUUUGACUCAAUGCAGUUUUUCAUGGACAUCUCUUUAAUACCUUAUAGGAUCUCGAGGCUCCUGGCUUGUGUGAACAGCAGCGCAAACCCUUUCAUUUACUUCUUCCUGGGCAGCCAAUCAUGUAAAAGAGGGAGGGAACCCCUCAGGGUGGUCCUCCAGAGGGCCUUGGGGGAGGAGCAGUUGCAGAUCUGGGCAAAGGACACUUCCCUCCCCAACACUCUGGAUAAAUUAUCCUGA